UGGUGAAAGACAUGAGUGGUAUCUAGUAACAAAUGCAAAAACUUUUAUUAGACAAACAUGAGCUUUAUUAUCAUGUUUUUUUGGUAAAUUGGAGCAAACAAAGAGGUUAGAAAAAGAAAGAGAAAGUGUUGAAUUCCCAUCCCCACAGCACAAAAAGGUGGUAGCAAAAAAGUUCUUUUUGUACACACUGCGAUGAUGGUGAUCAUGAUGCCUCCUACCUGCUGCAAUCUCAUACACCAUCAUCACUCUCUCUUCUCCCUUUUCACUCACGCUUACUCUCUCUUCUGCAAAUCCAACAACAACAUGACAACAAACUUCUGAAACAUGUCAACAAACCAACCAAAACCCAACAACAACAACAAGAAAAACAGCAUGGAGAUGGAUAACAAUAAGUGUGGAUGUUGGUCUGUCCUUAAACGUGGUGUUUGUAAACCCUCUGCUUCUAGACACUCUCCUAACACUAUCCCUCGUACUAGUGUCGUUCAUGAUGCAGCAACGGAGACACGAUACCUGAAUGCUAGCAAUCGAGAACUGUGUCCUCCAAAUGAAGCUAGAAUCUCUUCUGAUAAUCCCGAUCCUCCACCUCAGGAAAAUAAGGCUCCAUGUCAGCUUCUUCAAUUCACAUUUCAAGAGCUGAAAUCUGCAACUGGAAAUUUCAGACCUGAUAGCAUUCUUGGGGAGGGUGGCUUUGGAUAUGUGUUCAAAGGAUGGAUUGAGGAAGGUGGAACUGCCCCGGCAAAACCUGGUUCAGGAGUUACCGUAGCUGUCAAAAGCUUGAAGCCAGAUGGUCUUCAGGGCCAUAGAGAAUGGGUGGCUGAAGUCGAUUUUCUUGGACAGCUUCACCAUCCUAACCUUGUGAAACUUAUUGGUUACUGCAUUGAAGAUGAUCAGCGGCUUCUUGUUUACGAGUUUAUGACUCGUGGAAGUCUAGAAAAUCAUCUUUUCAGAAGAACUGUACCUCUUCCAUGGUCCAACAGGGUGAAGAUUGCACUUGGUGCUGCUAAAGGAUUGGCUUUCCUCCAUAAUGGUCCAGAACCAGUCAUCUAUAGAGAUUUCAAAACAUCAAACAUUCUGCUUGAUACGGAGUAUACCGCAAAGCUUUCAGAUUUCGGUCUAGCAAAAGCAGGACCUCAAGGAGACAAGACACAUGUUUCAACCAGAGUUGUUGGAACUUAUGGUUAUGCUGCUCCAGAAUAUGUCAUGACAGGACACUUAACUUCUAAGAGUGAUGUUUAUAGCUUCGGAGUUGUGUUACUCGAGAUUUUAACAGGAAGAAGAUCGAUGGACAAGAAGCGUCCGAGCGGGGAACAAAAUCUUGUUUCAUGGGCUAGACCAUAUUUAGCUGACAAGCGAAAACUGUACCAACUUGUUGAUCCUCGCUUGGAACUAAAUUAUUCUUUAAAAGCGGUGCAGAAAAUUGCUCAGUUAGCUUAUAGUUGCCUUAGUAGAGACCCUAAAAGCCGUCCUAACAUGGACGAAGUUGUGAAGGCUCUGACACCAUUGCAGGAUCUUAACGACUUUGCUAUCUUGUCUUAUCACUCUCGGUUAUCUCAGCAAGGGAGAAGAAAGAAGAAACCAGAUGGAACUCCGCAUAUCACUUAUACACAUUCCAAAAGCAUGAGGGCUUCACCUUUGAACACCGGCAGGCACAUACGAUGAUUUUGUAGUGGUCCUCUUCUAUGGUUGAAAUGCCUCCUUUGUUGUUUGCUGUUGUUGUGUGUGGAGAUGGAAAUUUCAAAGCUUGCAUUAAGUUUUUUUGGUGUUUAAAAACUGUUAUGGCCAGGAGAAUGAUGGAAGAGUAAUGUAAUGAUGUAUUGAUUAUUUCUUUGGGCUCUUUUUAUUAAAGAGCUAACAAUUAAUCAUUAUGGAUAGAAACUUGACAUUUGCUAAAAUGAUGUAAUUUGAGAAGCAUUGUAUGUAUAUUGAAAGGACUCACAUUACCUGAGUCAAUUUCAUUUGGCAGUGGAAACAACACGUUUCUACUUUAGUGGUCAGAUUUAUGUA